UUCGCGAUCGUGUGUCAUCGUGGUGCCAACGUGGUUCGUUCGGGGUCCCUAACGAGUCGAUCAAACACCCAACUACUGCGCCGUGAUAUUCUACUUGACGCGUGCCGUGGAACUGUGCUGCGAACCAAAAGCUAUGGGGUUGUCCAAGUGAGGAGAUUGGGUUCGGGACCCAUUCCGAGUGCCGUGUGUGUGUCCGUCGAAAGAAGGACCACCAGAAGGUGCUCCGUGUGGUGUGUCUGUGCAGUGCAGUGUAGGAUCGUUCGAGAACUUCCUCUACUAUAGUGCGUUCCGUAUAGUAUAGUUUAGUAGUUCGAGACUUGGCCGUCUCACCAAGUGCUAGGAAUUUAAAGAUCAAGACCUCCGGCGAGACCUGAAACCCCCGCGAACGACGCAGAUCCCACGUACUGGUCGCGUGGCCGUCGCGGGAAGCCGGGCCACUAGUCGCCUCGCUAACGGCUUCUCAAUCUUCUGGCCUGGUCUUAACCGCUGCUGGACCCGUCUAGUCGCCGUAGCCGCCGCCGCCGGUGAUAACCAUCAAUUAGGGCUAAUGCAAAUUGCGCUUCGGCCCUGCUCGGCUCGGCUCGCCAGUGGAACAAUGAUUAAUAUCCAGCAAUUACUGACAAACCAUCGGCGGUCCGGAGGUCCGGCCUGCCGAAGCCGGAGCCGCCGCCUCUGCGCUACCGCGAGGCCACCGCGAGUCGCCCAACGCGUGUUACGACUGCUCCUGGCCACCGUGUUGCUGUGCGGGGCCUUCGGACCGACCGCGGCCUACCUCGACGAACGGCAGCCGGUGUACCUGGAGGCGAAGAUCGGCUCGUACGUGGUACUCGACUGCCCGGUCGACUUCCCGCAGGACGAACCGAUCCCGUACGUGCUGCACUGGAACAAGGACAACAAACCCGUCUUCACGCUCUACGAUGGCGUGCUGAACACGUUCGAAACGUAUAUCGGCCGGGUGACGCUACUCAACAACGACAUCCUGUACGGCAAGGCGUCCCUCAACCUGACGUCGAUCCGCGAGAGCGACAACGGGUGGUACGAGUGCAAGGUGAUCUUCCCGAACCGGGUCCCGAACAAGCGCAACAACGGCACCUGGUUCCACAUAUCCGUGCUCGGCGGAACACUGCUGCGCAUCCCGCCAGUCAACCAGACGGUGCUGGAGGGCGACCCGGCCUUCUUUCACUGCACCGUCCAGAACCCGGAGACGAUGUUCGUCGAGUGGUACAAGGACAACGUGUCGCUGCUGGAGUACUACGACCUCGGGCACCGCUCGAUGAUGGGCCCGGACGGCAGCCUCACCAUCAACCCGACGCAGAUGAGCGACCUCGGGUUCUACACGUGCGAGGUCCGCAACACCGCCAACGACACCCAAUCGGCCAGCGCCUACUUGAACGUGCAAUAUAAGGCGAAAGUGGUGUACGCACCGAAGGAGGUGUACAUUCCGUUUGGGGAGCCGGCCGUGCUGGACUGCCACUUCCGCUCGAACCCGCCGCUGAAGAAUCUCCGCUGGGAGAAGGACGGUUUCCUGUUCGAUCCGUUCAACGUGCAGGGCGUAUUCUACAACCGAAACGGGAGCCUCCAGUUCGAUAAGGUGGACGAUUCGCACGCCGGGCGCUACUCGUGCACGCCGUACAACGACCUCGGGACCGACGGUGCCUCACCGAUCAUCACGGUGAUCGUGCAGCGUCCGCCACACUUCACGCUGAAGCCAAAACUGCUGUACGUGACCAAGAUCGGGGGCACGGUCGAAAUGCACUGCGAUGCGCGCGAUCGCGACGGCUACCAUAUUCCGCGUAUCUACUGGAUUAAGAAAGACGGAAGCCUUCUGCCAUUCGGCCGGCACGAGGUGAACGGAGGCAACCUGACGAUCGUGGACAUCGUCGAGGCGGACCGUGGUAUCUACGGGUGCCAGGCAACGAACGAGGCGGCCACGAUCACGGCGGAUGCGGAGAUUAUGAUCGAAAAUGUGUCGCCCCGCGCCCCGUACAACCUGACCGGAAACAGCACCGACACGUCCAUCACGAUCCGCUGGGCACCGGGCUACAUCCGGCAGUACCUGGAGUACAUCAUCUGGUACCGGUUGGCCGAUGCGCCUGAGUGGCGCACGCUGAAGGUCAGCGACAAACACAUCCUCGAGGCGACCAUCACCAAUCUGCAGCCGGCACGCGAAUACGAGUUCAUGGUGCUGUGUCAGGACAACUACGGCGAUGGCAUGUUCAGCAAAGCGUUCCGAUACUUCACCAAACCGACGGAGUUCGAGCAGCCCGAGAACGGUCUGCAGGAUGCGCUGCUGCAGUUCAGCCAGAUCGGUUCACCGAGGAACUUCCACGUACGCAAGGAACUGGACAACUUUGUGGCCCAUUGGGAGCCGCCCGAGUUGGGGUUGGACCAGCUGCGGUACUACAUCCUGCGUUGGUGGAUCGAACCCCAGCACAAGCUGCACGGAAGCGUGGAAACGUCCGCCACGCACUACAUCCUCGAUCGCCUGGACGAGGACGAAAUGUACACGUUCCAAGUGUUUGCCCUCUCGACGACGAACUACACGAGCGGCAGCAACGAGUUCGAGAUCUACGUCUAUCCGUACCGGCGCGUCAAGCUGAUGACGGUAAGCGGCGUCCUAAUACUGCUCUUCUGCCUGGCGGUCAUCAGCGUGCUGCUGUACAUGAAGCGCAACCGGAUCCGGAAGCUGCGCGAGGCGGAAAAUGUUAAGAUCUGAACAUAGCCCGAGCUGAUGCACUUGCACCAACCACCACCACCACCAAACAGCGUUGCACCGAUUGCCCAUUGCCCAUGUUUUGCCGGUCACCGAGCUGCCAACAAUGUGCUGCCCACUGAAAGAGUCGUUUAGUCACCGUCAUCGUCGUCGUCGUAGACUGUCGUUUGUAGUUAAGUAGAGCAAUACAGGGACGUCAGAGGAUAAGGAAACGGUACGCAGAAGCAGAGAUAUUUUAAUCGAAUAGAGGUAGCUUCACCACCCAACCAACCCGACCAAGCGGAGCGACCGCGUGAAAGUAUUAUGAGUGCGCUAGAUUUAACCGAUAUGAUAGGAUGUAGUCACAGCCUGGCGUGGCGGUCGAGCGUUGCGCGAACAAUAAAUGGUUCACGGUGGCGUGAACGAACGAACGCGUCGUUGAGUCGCAUCGCGUUUAA